CAGAAGGAUAACAAAAACCAAGGAAGUCAAAAGAACAAAAACACAAAGAGUCCAAAAAACAGAGAAAGUCCUGGUAGGACAUGACAACAACUAGCAGCAGCAUUCAAACAUAAACAUCAACAUCAACAUGUCAGUGACAACAGGUCAAUCCAAUGCAUUACAUUUUAUUAGAAAUGCACCCAUACCGAUGCUGAUAUUGGAUAUCAGUCCAAUACUGACUCAAAUAGCUGGAUCAGGUAUUGGUGACAUUGCACCGAUCUGGUAUCAGAUACCAUUAUUUUAAUAAAUAACAAUUCAGUAAAUCUAUGUCUAUGUAUUUAUUUGUUACAUUUUGUUUUAUAAAGUUAGGAAAGCAAUAUUUAAGUCAAGCCUGAUUAUGCCUUACACAUAAAAGAAUGAUCCAAGUCUCUUCCACACAGUGAGGCAUACAGCUUAUUAAUUAAACACUGGUAUUGGAUCGGUACUCGGUAUCGGCCCAAAGCCCAGGUUUCGGGAUCAGUAUCAGGACUGAAAAAGUCAGAUCAGUGCAUCCCUAUAUUUUAUAAGUCAAUUACAUGUUUUGUAUGUAAAGUAGUAAAGUAGUAACUAUAACUGACUAAUCUAUGUAGUGGAGUAAAAAGUAUAUUUGAUAUUUCACUCUGUAGUGAAGUAAAGUAAAAGUACCAUGAGAUGGAAAAACUCAAGGUCAAAAUUGUAGUAUAUUACUUGAGUAAAUGCACUUAGUUACUCUACACCACUGGCAUUACCUGGGAGAUUUGACUUUCAGUCAACUAAUGAGACAUUAUCAGUUAAACAUGUCAGCUUCCUUCUCAAAGCCCUCUUUAUCACAGCGCCAUUCAUUUCAGUACUGGUGAUAGCUGCUGUAUAGGCUACUAGUGAAUGAACCAAAAAUAGGUGUUAGUCAUGGAAGUGACAUAUUUAAAGGAGAGGAUGACUGCACUAGCUCCAAAAAAUGUAUUGUAUCACAAAUGUUUCAAAGCAAGUUUAACACACAUAGAAAUAUAAUCAUAUGACCUGGUGCAAUUACCUUCUUAACAGCAGACAGAUUUUCAUAGUUCACUGUAACAAAUUGCUGUAAAAAUAAAGCCAAAUUCCAAAAGUAAGGUACUGUUCUUUCUGUAUAUGGUAAAAUACUGUAAAUUCUGAUGCUCUUUGAAACCAAAACCAAGAACGGACAUUAACAGUAGGCUACUGUAAGAUUUGACGUAAAAUACAGUAUUUUCGUUUUCACCACCGCAGUAGUGGAGUGACAGAGGCCACAUGCAACCAUCAACAUCAUAUAAUCACCAUUCAUCCUCCGUUGUGGAAUCAAACCAAAAGACUGUAUGGUUGGAACAGAGGAGAACAGGGGCCAGUGGGGGAAAGUAAUGCCUAAGAAGACAAACAAGCUCUCAGUGAAUCCUCAUCACCUCUCUUCUGAAGAACUUGACAUCACUUCAUUAAGGUAAGUUGGUGUCCUCGUUUAAAAUGUUUCUCUCUCCCUUUCAAUUGUUUCAUUUCUCUUUCUCUCACAAUUUUCAUUCUUGUUUCUUUCUCACUCAGUGAGAGUGAGAGUGAGUGCCAAUUAUAAUAGAGGACAUUUGAAGGCAUUACAAAUUUUGUUAUCCUGCAGUCUGUUUAUUCGUGCUUUUAUAUUUUUAAACAGUAGUUUGCUUGCAGCUCAGGAUAUUAAAAUUAAUAAUUUACGUUGACCCCCUUUGAAAGGGUAUGGGAAUUAUUUUUUCAGACAUACUUGAAUGUACUUGGCAUAUUUGAAAGCUUUUGAAUAAAUGUUCAGUUCCAUAAAGUUGUCACUUGUCUCAUCCUCUUUUGUGCCAGAUGUUAAGGGUUACACAUUUUAAAUGUAUAACUGAGCUGAUCUCAUUACUAGACCAUUAAGAUUGAAGACACAUUGUUAUUUACAGUAUAUGUCUGUAAUUUACAGUUGUUUUUACUAAUAUGAAUAAGAUCAAACUUUUCAGUUGUUUACUGUAACAUUUACAGUAAGAAACUGUUUAUAGAUUACAAUAGCAACACUGUAAAAAUACAAUAUAUUACUGCAGGCCAAGCUGCAGUAUCAAACCGUAAACCUCACAUUCUACAGCAGAAUACUGUAAUACGUUUUACAGCACUUAAUUGUUAAAGUAAAUUACGGUAGUGAAACUGUAAAAAAAUACUGUACUGUAAUUUUACAGGGAAAUUUGUUACAGUGUUUGAAAAGUUAUUACUAAUGACAUUAAUGAAGCAUUCACAAUACCAGGACCUUGAAACAGAAGCAUCUAAAUGGAAUUCAGCCAACAGUGAUUUUAUUGUUUAAAUCAAAAAACGCCUAUUAGUCACAUCAUGGCUCCACACACACCUCCUCAGAGGGAGAGAUGAAUGAAUUAGGCCUAAGCCACAUUGUUUUGGAAAUAAAAACAAAGUUGUUGCCCACUGAUAUCCAAACACACAUCUCUUCCUGGCUCUCUCCAUAUUGCUCUGUUAGUAGCUACUACAACCCACAAAUGUUGAAGUGCAGUUUUAUACGACCAGUGUGGCUAGCUACUAGACCUAAAUCACAUUUGAUUGGAUGAACUUUUGUAAACGCCCCUGAGUACAGGAUGAGUCAUCACACAUUUGAAACCAUUUUACAGGAAGGAAAAAGACAGGGAUUUGAUGUAAAAAUAGUCUGAUACUGAUUUUUUGACAUAUAUAUAGCAAGAUAUAAAUGAACAAAUAAUACAGGGACAUGGGAUUAAAACCUGGAAAAUGUAUUUUUCAUUUCAUGGCGCCUUUAAAAGGUUCUUCUGAGUUCAUCAUCAAAUUCACACAUUUACAAAACAUUACAAAAAAGUUGAAAAAAAAUAUAUCAACAUUUUGACAACAAGAGACAUAACUUGAAAACUAAGCCUCUUAGAGUAUGUCCCACCAUUUUUUACAGUCUAUGGUCCCAACAAUGUUCUGUUUUACUCAGAUACUAUAUAUAGUAUAUUGCACAUAUACUCAUCAAUGGAUCCUUUAUAAAAAGUUAAACUGGACAUCUCUAUCUCAUGAGAAUAGCAACUCUUCCUCCUUUUCAUUUAUGAAUCUUUGAUCUAACACCUACAUACAGUACUGUGCCAGCCUCCUGAAGUAUUGCAGAUUCAGUACAACCUACUUGUGUAUAUAAUGUCAGAAAAUGAUGAUUGAUUGAUGAACGUUAUAAUCUCCAAGAGCACAAGAUGAUGUUCAACCAAAUCAUUACAUUUGUGAAGCAGGAACCAGCAAAUAUUAGACAUUUUGUCUUGAAAAAUGACUUAAACAAUUAAUUGAUUAUUAAAAUUAUUGGCAAUUAAUUUUCUCUCAUUUGACUAAUUGAUAAAUCAGGUAAUUGUUUCCAUACUAUCUGGGUUUAGGACCACUGAGGGAAAUCAGCCUUUAGUUGUUUUUCAGCAUACAAAUGCAAUAACCACCAGAACACUGCUGGAUUUUUGUUGGACAAUUUGCCUCAAUUAUCAAAAAGUUACCAGCUCAGUGUGACCGUUUAUGCUGAUAUCCUUUUCCUUAUUAGCACUUAUUUAUCAUCUUCUAGCCAUUGCUUUUUUAUCGUCUUGGUUUGUUUCAUCAUGUAUUUCUUUGCGAAAGAGUGCCUGAUUGGUGUGAGUUUCCCAUGAAUUCCUCAAUCAAUCAAGCGCUGUGGUGGGGUCAUUAGAUGUAGAUAUAUGUUCUGCUCAACAGCCUCUGGACUGACACUGAAUGGCUGUAUUUGUCACUUGUCUUGUAAUUACAUCCUUCUCACGCAGGGCUCUAUCAAACAGGAUCUGUUUGCACAUGAUCUCCUCCCACAUGAUGACAUGAGAUACAUUUGGCUCUUGUCAGCAGUAUUGUCCAUGUUGUCCUGAAAAGAACUAUCUGUUACUCACUGCCAUCCCCACAGUUGUUUUUUGCUGGAGUUAUAGGAAAACCACUAAGAUCAACGCAAAAUGCAGUUGGCUUACAUGUUCGAAGAAGCUCAUCCAAAAGAAACAAUGUAAAGUUAGCACAGGUCAUAAUUCAAACUCAAAACCACUGAAUUCUCUCCAUCAUCUCGUUCAGCUUUUCUGCAUGAGCCUGAGCGUGUCCACCGUAGAUUAUUCUUCAAACAAAAAAGUAGAUAUCGCAAAAGUGUUGGGUGUAGCUACUGUAAACUGAAUCAUAUAGGGUCGCUUUCUGCUCUGGCAUCAUGAACAGAGUUUUAAGACUAAAUUUAAAGGUAAUUACUAUGACAGUGAGGAGAGAAAACUGAAAUAACCCUGAGCUUUUCAAAGCUGUCAUUAUCAUUGGAAUUGUAAUGACAAGGUUUGGGUCUCUUCAAUGGACUUUUUGGGGUAGGACACCCACAAACAUGGCAUUCCUGAGGUUAACAUCGCAGCAUAUUAAUGAUAUAUUGCACAGUGUAGAUUACAAAGCUGGGGUCCCUUCUCAUGCUUUACGGUUUCAGUUAACUUGAAAGAAAAUACCAAAUCUUGUAUUGAGACUACCUCUCCUUUAAAACAUUGUGUUUGUAAUAUGCUGUGUCAUGUCAUAGAUAGGCACCUCACACACUGUAAGUACAGUAGCAGUUACAAGACGUCCCAACACGAUUUAGCAACCUGUUUUAGAUUUUCCAAUAGUUUAUUGUAUGUAAUUUUAUAUUUCAAAAUUUUCUGUUGUAAAAUCUACAUUCAUGUGGAAUUUUAAUAGGGAAGUCCCUAUUUCAACAAAAUGUAGGUGUGUUGACAACUAAGACAUAGUGUGAUUCAUUGCAGGUGGAUCAAGAUGGAUUAACGUUGUCCAGGAUGUGUCUGAACGUUUCCAGCAAGCAAAUAUCUUACGAUCUUAUCUUAAGAUUGAACAAACACACUGUUCUAUAAAACUAUUCUUACCUACACAUUUUAACUCAGAUUUUAUCUAUCACAUUAUCACACUGUUAACAUGCAACCAAAGACAUCUAUGGGCACAAGUCAGCGAGAGGUCCUGCACAUGUACGCUUUGAUAGGGGCGAACGACCAUUCUGGUGAGCCACAGGAUUGAAAAAAGUAGCCACAGUAUUUAGAAAAAAGGAAGGAGGAAAGAAAGUCCAAUAUUUUUAGUCCAAAUUACAGUGUUGGAACAGUGCUUUGCACAGUUGAGUGUCCUGGGAGGGGAAUGGCAUGAUGGGUGAACACUGGUGCCAAGCCCCACCCUCCCCACAUUGUCCUCUCCGUGGACUUCCUGCACUCAUCUGCCCAUCUGCAGGACCUCUGCCCUUCCCUUACCCUCGUGGCUAGGCUGGCCGACAGUUCGGUUUCUGCCUCAGUUACCCGCUGCAUGAGGUGAAACGGUAUAAGCACAUGUUAGGUCAGGAUUGGGACAGGGUCAGUUCCCUAGGGAUGCUUCAGCUGCCAGACUACCAGCGCCUCUUGUUUCAGAUCUCUGUCCUCAUCCUGUUGAUACAAAGUGGGUGAAAAAUAUCACAGCCCGGUACAAAUCUCAGUUCAAGUGAGGUCUCUGAGUUGCUCUGCCUCUGUGCCCAUCCUGCACUAAAACUAGUGAUCCUGAACAUUUCUUGAGAAAGCAUUAGCUGAUAUGCUACAGCAUGUAGUAUGAUACCAUGCCAGCCACCCACCUAAAUUGGAGAAACAGCCACUCAUGCUUUUCAUGCAUUCUCUUGUGAAACUUGCCUUGCUGCCCAAAUAUUUUUCCCUUGGAAAACCUGUGGUUAACACAAGGAUGAGUGGGAGUGAGAUGAUUGCUAACAUUCUUUUAACUUUUAUGCCAGCUGGAGUGCAGGUCGCAUUUGCAUAUUUUAAGGUCGGUGAAACUGCUGCAGAUUUAAUGUGGUGAUUAUUGCAGGAUCAUGAAAGGGAGGCUGCAGAGGAUUUUUUUUUUAAUAAACAUGCAUGAUUCAUUCCAACCACUGAACAUGAUUUAGCUGAGGUUGUAAUACAUAAUAAAACAAAACCAAAAUCCAUUCUACCUGCAAUAAUGAGCCACUUUUUAAAGUUGAAAUAUAGUACUUUUGGUGUUUUGUCUUGAUGACAUGCUGUUUAAUGCCAUCCAUGCAAAGCCCCAAAGUGUUUCAAUAAAUCAAAACUUACUUACAUUUUUGUAAAGUUUUAUUCCAAAAUGAAUGUGAGCAUUAGAAAAUUGUAAUAUUUAAGCUGCUUCAAAACUGUAGUAGGCUAAUUUAUUUCAUAAUUUAUGUGCCUUUAUAACAUCCAAAUAGAAACUUGAAUCACUCCUAAUUUAGACAGAAGCCCAAAUUUGAGCACAUAAGUUGUGAAAGUCCAAAAAGUUUCUUGGUGAAGAAAUUUCUAGGGCAAGUUUCUACGCAAGUCCUAAAUAUACUCAUAAAAUGUAUUUCAAGACCAUUUGAGUUUUUUUCAGAGUGAGACAUUCAUUUUGACUCCUUCAUUAACCCCAUUCUCCUCUCCCAGGAGAGUUUUGGCUUCAGAAUAUCCAGUAAAGAUGAGGAGGGGAAAAACAUAGCCAAAAAUAAUUAUCCUCCUCCUCCUUAAAAAAAGAAGAGGGAAAUGCUGUUGGUAGGCAGGUAGUCUCCAGCCCAGCUCCCAGGAGGGGGGGACUCCUGAUGGAGUUGGGAUGGACCGCUACGGGAUUGGUGGAUGGCUGCUCUCCGUGUGGCCCCAUGCCAAGCCCUUAUGUCUUUAUAUACUGUAAACAGAUGACCGGACAGUCCUGAGAGUGCAUCGCAUCCACUCUGCUUCUCUCCAUCUUCACUGCUCUCUCUUCAGGGCCCAGGUCAAUCUGUGAGAAGGCUGCGCUUUACUCCAGCAUCCACCAGGGCUUCUUCUCCUCCUCAGCUCUUCCUUUUUUUUUUUAAAUACUCUUGUUGUUUCUUCUCUCCGGUGGUGUGAAAACAAUGGCCACGCCGAGCCCGUUUCUCACACUUUUCGUGUGGCUCCUGGCUGGGAGCCUCUUAGCGGAGGCGACUUACUACCGGCACCACCGCCUUUUCCACCACCUCUACCGAUACCGGGAGCAUUCCGCCAACACGGAAAACCUCCUCCCUGAGGUCUCCAACCCGGUGGCCGAAGUCUCACAGCCGAGCCACCCCGAUAUUCCCGAGGUCUUCCACCCGGCGCCUGAAGUCAUCCACCAUAUGCCAGAGGCUUUCCAACCGGUGCCCGAAGUCAUGCAUCCUGCACCUGAGCCUUACCAUCCACCUGAGGCUUUUCAGACCGUAUCUGAAGCCUCCUCCCCCGUCAACAUGAGCCGGGUUUUCUAUGGGAUCAUGUUUGACGCUGGGAGCACAGGCACCAGGAUCCACAUCUACAAGUUCAUCCAAAAAGACCCUGUUGAGCUGCCAGUUCUGGACAAUGAAAUGUACCAUGCAGUGAAGCCUGGACUGUCUGCCUAUAAAGACAACCCUGAGGAGGGUGGCAACACCAUCCGACAGUUGCUGAAGAUUGCUAAGAAGACAGUACCAGAGGAGGAGUGGAAGAGGACCCCAGUGGUCCUGAAGGCCACGGCGGGUCUGCGUCUGCUGCCUGAAGACAAGGCAAAUGCUCUUCUGAAGGAGGUGCGAGAGGUAUUUGCUGAAUCCCCCUUCUUUGUGCCAAACAGCAGUGUUACCAUAAUGAAUGGAACAAAUGAAGGAGUCCUUGCCUGGGUCACAGUGAACUUCCUCACAGGUCACUUGUAUUCCAACACAAGGAAGACAGUGGGGAUCCUGGAUUUGGGUGGAGGAUCUACACAGAUCACAUUUCUUCCCAAGUCAAAGAAAACAGUUCAGUCUGCUCCCCCGAGUUACAUCGCCAAUUUCAACCUGUUCAACAACACAUAUCAACUCUACACACACAGCUACCUUGGAAAUGGACUGUAUGCGGCUCGAUUGGCAACUCUUGGAGCAUUAGGAGCCGAUGGUCUAGAUUGGAAAAUCUUUACUAGUUCUUGCCUCCCGAAAAAGUUCAGAGAAGAUGUGACUUUUGGAGGAACCACCUACAAAGUUAGCGGGAUUCCAGACGGCUAUGCAGGCUAUAAGCUGUGCUACUAUGAGGUGAUGAAGGUCAUCAAAGGAAUAGUCCUUCAGCCUUACGAAGUGAAAGGCAGCAGUGUUUUCUACGCUUUCUCCUACUACUUCGACAGAGCUGUGGAGUCUGGUCUCAUUGAUGGCAGCCGGGGUGGUGCAAUUGAAGUCAGGGAUUUUAAGAAGAGAGCCAAAGAAGUGUGCAACAAAAUGACCAAAUACCGUGCUAUCAGCCCCUUCCUCUGCAUGGAUAUGACAUAUAUCACUUGCCUGUUAAAGGAGGGCUUUGGCUUCAAGGACAGCACUGUGCUGCAGUUAGCCAAAAAGGUGAACAAUGUGGAGACAAGCUGGGCCCUAGGUGCAACCUUCGACUACUUCAGAAACCUCAACAUCCACUAAGGGCAGCUUGCUGUCGUUGCAGCCGGCACUGAGAGGGACAGUCUGUCACUGUGAGGCUUCCCUUCCUCCAUCCACCCUCGAUCAGCCUGUCCCCUCACAGACACACCCGGUCCCACCAUGCCCCUCCUCUUUCCCUUAACCUCAGCACCCUGCCGAACACUCCGAGAACUGUUGAAAAAAAAGAAAUCACUAUAUUUUUAUAAGGCCAGCUAUUUCUACUGUAUGUCAAGCUCAUGACUGGUGGGCUAACUUUUUUUUUUUGUAAAACGUUUACAUUUUUGAUUCCUUAUGGGUGUCUGAGUGUCUUUAUGGGUGUCUUUAUGGGUGUCUGAAGUGGGUGUCUUCCUCACCUACAUGUAAAGUGUGUAGGCAGUAGUUUAGAAACAAUACAGCCAGUCCUGGUAUUUUGGUGCUUACUGUGGUCCUGGUGUGCACUGUACACACAGUGGAAUUUAUUAAGAGAUUGGUGCUGGAAGUACAACUAUUUGUCUUUCUAAAUGCUUGUUAAUCAAUCUUCUUGUUAUUUUAGCAGUAAAUUAUUUUACAGGACCCUAAUUCAUUUCCCCCUAGCCUUAGACAAGUUAGACAUAAUUGGAAAUAGAGCAGUUGACGACCAUACAGCUUCUUUUCUUCAGUUUUUGCACAUAACACUUUAAUUGCAGAUAUUGUAGCUAAGACAUGAUCAGUUGCUUUGGUGUCGUCUACAGAGUUGUAUAUAUUCAUCAAGUAGUGUUGGAUUCACCAUGAAUCAGAGAGUGCAGUGAAGAGAUAGCUCUCACAGAGUGUGCUGUAUAGCUGUCGCAUGUAUGAUGUUAAUGCCUCUGUUUUUAAAGUUCAGCCAUUAUUGUUUGUUUUGUCUAGAUUGGAACAGUCCUUAUCAAGCAUGGUUAAAUUGCAGGGCCCCCCAAAUCUGAACCGUAUAUUAGACUAGCAAUGGAAAAACCUUUCAUCAAGGGUAGAUAGUGUUAACAACAUAAUCUACAGCUUUUAAAUACAGAAAAAAAUGUUAACAGACAUGUUAAAAAAAGUUUAAAACCUUCAUUUGUAGGGAUGUAGUUGGUUGCUCAAAAGCAAUAAUUAUAUUGAAUUCUGUUUGUCAUUUUUCUUGUGAACUGUACAAAUAUUUAAAUAACUGAAAGUUUAAUAGAGUAGAAAGUUUUAAUAUAGAGUAUUUUAAUUACCAUUAUCAACAUUAACUUUCUGUGCAUCUGCUUUCUGAGCUAUGCCUUUGCAGUCUUUUCAGUAUUCAACACGUUCCAUAACUACUGCUGUAUAUACAUAUUGUAAACUUUUAUAAGUGAGAUCAUUUGACAGGAACUGCUUUUACAUUGCAAAACCUUUGUGCUGCACAAUUGCUCAAAAAUGCCUCUAUGUUCAUCAGUUGAAUAACCUGAUGACUGACAGUAUGUAAAUUUUUAUUAAAUCCAGUGAAAUACUGUAAGUUUAUACCAUACAUGUAUGUUUUAAUAAAACAUGAAAAACUUUCA